GCAUGAUCUUGAUCAUGAAUAUAGUUAACACCGUCCUUGUGUGUAAGUCUGUUGGAACGUGAUUAUUAUACAUAGGUAAAAACAAUUUCAUCUUCCAAAGUAAAAAACUAGCUGCGCGUUCUCGAAAAUGUCUUUUUCUCAGUCGAAUAUGGAAAACCACUCACCCACAGUGGUCGUGGUCGGAGCAGGGGUUGCAGGACUGGUCGCGGCAAAGACGCUGCUAGAGCAGGCGCGCAAAGACCACGCGACGAUUCAAGUGCGGGUGGUCGAAGCGGCACCUGUCGUUGGUGGUCGUGUACAGACAGAUGAGGUAUUUUUAGAACAAGACCCUGACCACGAGAACCACAGGGAAGUACUGUCAGACCACGUCUCUACGGUCAUCAUGAACGAUGAUAACAGGGACAACUGCAUGCAGAACCACAAGAACGACAUCAGGGAGCGGAGCAAUACAAAACCAGCUGCCGCCCCUUUCCUACUCGAUCAUGGCUUCCAGGUCCUGUUAACCGCUUACCCCGAAGUUCGGCGCCAGUUAGACCUGAAAUCUCUAGGUGUAAAAGGCUUCGGACAGGGUGCGGUACUAGCAUCAUCAUCCUCUAGUAGAUCUUCUUUGAGCACAAUCGCCAAUCCCUUGACGUACCCACGUGGAUUUUUAGGAACAGCAAGGACGAUACUCUUCCGCUGGGGCCUGUGGCAGACGAUGACUGACGUGUGGAAGCUAAGUUCACGCUUGAUUUGCCGUUUCUGGCUCUGUGCGAGUCCCUACGAAGCGGAUGGCAUGACGAUUCGAGGAUAUACUGCUAAUAACCAUGGAGCUGAAGAUACCUCUAUCCCCACCAGUAGUUCUAAGAGAAGCUCAAGUGCACUCCUUGGAAGAUAUUCUACCAGUGACUUUCUUUCGAAGAAAUAUCUUGGCCUCUCAACGCUCUUCGUGCAGGAUUUCUUGCGGCCUUUUUUCGAAGCGAUCUACGUAUCCCCACUAGAAGCUCAAAAUGCAGCAAUAUUUUCCUUCGUAUUGCGCAUGUUAGCGUUCGGAUCGGCGAGUCUACCGCAGCGUGGCAUUCGCGGAGUGCCGGAGCAACUUCUACAGCAAAUUACAUCAAGUCACGAUGGCUGUCUUGAUCUGCAACUGAACACCCGCGUGAGAGCUAUGCGACACCGGAGCCUCCUUUUGUCGCCAGGUAGAUGGGAAUUGGAUAUUGAGACAAGUAACGAUCUGCAGAACGACUACGACGGCACUAGUAGAGGUAUGAUAAAUCAGACGAGUGGAGCAGGGCAACAAGAUAAAAAAACCACGAUUCAGUGUGACAUGGUCAUACUCGCAGUGGAGUGGCCAGUGGCUCGAAGCCUACUACAGGAUCAAGAAUAUCAUGUUGUUGGGGAUAACGACAUUGAAGAUGGAAGCAAAAAUCUUGUCUUGAAAGACGAACCCAGAUUUUCGACGAGUUGUACCUACUACUUUGCGCUUCCGGAAGAAGACUUACCUGUAAAGGAGCCUCUGAUCGUUUUGCAUCCUUAUCGUGAGGAACAGGGCGAGCAAGUAGAAGACAUAGACAAGUACAAGGGCGACGGACGCGGAGGUCCCUUGGAGAGGCCGCUGCUCAUGGCAUCAGCAGAUCAUGAAAAUUCUACUCCCACGGCGCCACCUUCAAGCUGCUGGGGCCACUUCUGUCGUAUAGCGAAUAUUGGCUUCCCCUCUGUUGUUCAAAGGAGCUACGCGCCAAGUGGUUGGCAUCUCUGCGCCGUAACCGUUUUUCGGAACAACGUUGACGAGUAUAGCCGAGACAAGCCUGCUAAAACUUCUGUAUCUGAAGACUCCUCGUGGCCCAGUCACGAAUCUGUUCUAGAACAGGUGGGGCGCAUGCUUUACCCUGCUGAUGAAGGCGGUAAAGGAGAAACAGAGAGGAUAAGAGCCGAUAGGUGGCGAUUUCUGCGAAGAUACGAUAUUGCCUUUCACCAGCCUGCGCAUGGAACAACCUGUAAUUGGCUGGUAGAGGGUGCAGAUGACAAUAUGGUGGUUUUGUGUGGGGACUAUGUGUCAGACCCCACACUUGAUGGCGCCAUGCGAAGUGGAAGGCGCGCAGCAGCAUACGCGUAUAAAAAACUUCAGGAAAAAACGCGACACUGAAAAUAGGUGUAUGAUAAGGAUAACGGAGAAAUAACUAGUGAAAGAAAAAUUUUGAUAGAUUUCUUCCUCUGUCUCCUGAUGAAUAAAAACGAAAUUGCAUCCGGUGAUAAUCAGAACUCCAAGUAUGUUGGGUUAGGGUUUCGCUUGCUGAUUUCCGAUGGGUGAAAUAGAGUGACAAACAAACUGGAGAGUACGUAGUCGUCCAGAAGUUGAUGACAAGGAAUAGUAAAGC